AUGAAGACAACGGUAGCUGAAAUUCUUGCAUAUGUCGCCUUUUGGGCUAUGGUUUCCUUUCUUGCAUAUACCUCUGAUCCCAGUCCUCUUCAGGACUUCUGUGUUGCUGUCAAUGAUUCCAAAGCUGCUGUAAUAGUUGCUCAAAUUGGUGGACUAAACACCCUUGGCAUUUCGAUGGCAUACCUUGAUUUUGCACCAUAUGGCCUCAAUCCUCCUCACACACACCCUUGCGGUACCGAGAUCCUCACUGUCAUGGAAGGCGCGCUCUAUGUGGGAUUUGUUACUUCCAACCCCAACAAUCGUCUCACAAGCAAGGUCCUAUGCCAAGGAGAUGUGUUUGUGUUCCCUAUUGGUCUGAUUCAUUUCCAGCUAAAUGUUGGAAACACACCAGCAGUGGCAAUUGGCGGGCUGAGCAAUCAAAAUCCCGGAGUAAUCACCAUUGCAAAUGCAGUGUUCAAGUCGAAGCCACCUAUCUCUGUUGAUGUUCUCACCGAGGCCUUCCAAGUUGACAAAAAUGUGGUUAACUAUCUUCAAGUUCAGUUAUGGAUUGAUAACAAUGGCCACCAAAAACACAUUUGCAUGAUUGAUAUUUCGAAGUUUAUUUAUUGUUUGAAUAAAGAAGUGCACAUUUUGCACACCAUAAAAUAA